AGACAAAAACAGGAAGUAGAACAAAACAAGAGAGACAGAGAGACCUAAGAGGAGCUCGUGUAUGUUUUCUCCCUAUCUCUCUUACACACCUUAGUAUUAUCCGUCUCCCUCCCUCUCUGCUUCUUCUCUGUUUCAAAUCUACCAUUUCUUCUUCAUCUUCAUCUUAUAUACGUCAUCGUUUCUUCUGUUAAAUAAUUGUUAAAGAAGAAAACCCUGUUGUCGGUUUACGAAUCUAGGGUUUAUUAUUAUGUUCUGUAUCGAAGAUUGAGUCUUUGAUAUUAACACGUUUAGUUAGGGUUUUCAAAAUUAAAGCAAAAGAAUUGGGGGAGUUAUGUAUAGAGAUCGAGGAGGUGGGGCGAAAUCGGAGAUAGUAGGUGGAUCUUUGGAUCGAAAGCGUAUUAAUGAUGCGCUGGAUAAGCACCUAGAGAAGUCUUCCCCUUCUACUUCCAGGGCCUUGAGUUCUAAGGAUAAGGACAGAUUGUCCGUACCCUCUACUUCCACCGGUAAAUCGCAGCUCGAUCAUCGCGAUUCUCGCUCUGCUUCGAUUGCCAAGAACAAGUGCUCAGAUGAGGAAUCUGAAACAGACAGUGAAGAGUCAGAUGUUAGUGGUUCAGAUGGAGAUGACACAUCUUGGAUCACAUGGUUUUGUAAUUUGAGAGGAAAUGAAUUUUUCUGUGAAGUCGAUGAUGAAUACAUCCAAGAUGAUUUUAAUCUCUGUGGACUGAGCAGCCAAGUUCCAUACUAUGAUUAUGCUCUUGAUCUAAUAUUGGAUGUUGAAUCUUCUCAUGGUGAUAUGUUCACAGAAGAACAGAAUGAAUUGGUGGAAUCAGCUGCAGAGAUGCUGUAUGGUCUCAUUCAUGUCCGAUAUGUUCUGACCAGCAAGGGAAUGUCUGCAAUGUUAGAGAAGUACAAAAACUAUGAUUUUGGGAGAUGCCCUAGAGUUUACUGCUGUGGACAACCGUGCCUUCCUGUUGGUCAAUCAGACAUUCCUCGGUCCAGUACUGUUAAAAUAUACUGUCCAAAAUGUGAAGAUAUAUACUAUCCUCGAUCAAAGUACCAAGGCAAUAUUGAUGGUGCAUAUUUUGGAACUACGUUUCCUCACCUAUUUCUGAUGACAUAUGGACACUUAAAGCCACAAAAGGCAACGCAGAGUUAUGUCCCAAGAGUUUUUGGCUUCAAGCUCCACAAGCCCUGACACAGGAGUUGCUAGGUGCAAUUGCGUUGAGAUGUCCUCUUGUCCAUCUGUUGUGGUAUUCGCAGUGAUCACAUGCUUCUGUUGAAGUAUGAAAGGCCCUAUCAAGUGAGGUAAAGCAGGGUAGUUCCAAAAGUAGUACAAUUGAUUUGAAAGUGAAAAUGUUUAAAAUGCUAGAUGGCCCAUAAGUACAGUAAACCCAUCUUUAAAUUUUAUUCCUGAAUUUAACAGAGCGUUUGUAAGCUUAUUUCCUUUA